GUUUAGAAUACCAUUUGCAGGAAACGACACUUAAUCAUGUGAAGACCGCUGGGCUGCUAGGUGAUGGAUUCGGCUCCACACCAGAGAUGAGUAAACGGAACUUGUUCUGGGUGGUUAGCCAGAUGCAGGCUAUCGUCGAGCGUUAUCCAUGCUGGGGUGAUACUGUUGAAGUAAAUACAUGGGUUAGUGCUAAUGGUAAAAAUGGAAUGCGUAGGGAUUGGCAUAUACGUGAUUCUAUGACAGGCCACACAACACUGAAGGCGACAAGUAAAUGGGUUAUGAUGAACAAACUCACUAGGAAGCUUGCAAGAAUUCCAGAUGAAGUGCAUACUGAUAUAGAGCCAUACUUUGUUGGGCGUUCUGCUAUUGUUGACGAAGACAACAGCAAGCUUCCAAAACUGCCAGAGGGUCAAAGCACUUGUGCAGCUAAAUAUGUGAGGACAGGCCUGACUCCGACCGUGGCAGAUGUUAUCGGUAUCGAUCUAGGCACAUCGAAUUCAUGCAUCUCCGUAUUGGAAUGAAAGUUGACCUUUGGCGAGCAAAACACAAAGAAGCAAGCACAUGGCAUUCUCGCUUAUUCUUUGGAUCAAGGUGUCAGUAUCCUAGACACAGUAGAAAUUUUCCAACUAACAAGGAAAAUCGAGAGACAACUGAUCUUUAUAUUAG